AUGGUUGAGCCAAGCUAUUACAAAGCACCAUCUAAGGUGGUUUCCAUUCCUGUUCGCUUCGUGAGUUCAGAGCGCAGCAGAGGCGAUUCUGCCAUAAAGAUUCAAAGGGUGUUGAGAGGGUUUCUGGUGAGGAAGACGUUGAAGAAGAUCGCGGCCAUGAGGGUGGAGUUGGCACGGAUUGAGAGCGAGAUUCGACUUGAAGUGGUGAAGAGGGAAGCGAAAGAGAGGGUGAGGGUGAUCGAGACCAUCAUGAACUUGCUUCUCAAGUUGGAUUCGGUUCGGGUAUUGCACUACUCUGGCCUCAGGGAGUGCAGAAAGUCUGUUAUCAGAAAAGCUAUUGCCCUUCAGGAAAUGCUUGAUCAAAUGGGUGUCGCUGAUUCUAAUGAGGGCGUGAAAAUAGAAGAGAAGGAGGAGGAAUGUGCUGUGGAAGAAUGGAAUUGUUUGGUGAAGGAAGAAGAAGAAGAUAGUGGAAUGGAAAAUUUGAGGAAUGAGGAAGAGGAGGAUGAAGUUGAAUGUGAGGAAGGUGAGGAAAUUGAAGGUUUGAGGAAUGAGGAGGUGCAAGAGAAGGAAAGUGUUUUGGUGAAAGAAGAGGAAGGAGAUAGGAAGAAGAAGGAGUUGUUGAUGGAGACGAUGGUGGAAGACAACCACAAGAUGAUAGAGAUGAUGACGCAACUGUUUCAGAAGAAUGAGUUGCAGACUUCACUUCUCACCUCUCUAUCACAGAGGGUGGAGAAGCUUGAGAGAGCCAUGGCUUCAGAGAAGUUGAGGAGGAAGAAAAAGAGAAAGACUGAUAGAAAAAAUAAACAAACUCAUCUCAGAAAUUGCUUCAUCUGA